UCAAUCGUUGCGGCGCGAUGACGUCACGACAUGGCGGACUUUGUGUUGUGAAGAGGUAACGAAAACAUCCGAAUCUACGAACGACGAUUCGCAUAGAUGAAACGAUACGUAAAUACUUAAAAAAACGACGUACUUAGUAUAUUUAGUGUAAAUAUUCGAAAGAGGAAGACAUUGAAGCCAUUCCAUUGUUAUAUCUAGCAAGAAACAAACGUGAUUUCUCAUGAGGACAUUCACAAGGUAGAAAUUUGUGCAGUGUAGUAUAUUCGAGGCGAAAAUGGCUACCAGCCUCGAUGCGUUCAUUCCACAGCUUAAAAGCCAAGAUACGAAAAAGCGCUUGCAACUUGGAAGUGACAUACUUAAUUAUUUAGAAGAUCCAACCAAUUCAGUAGAAACUGAAGACUUAGGAUUUUUCAUUGAUUCUUUAGUGUCAUGGCUGAAUAGUAGUAAUUGCAAAGUAGCUCAAAAUGGAUUAGAAAUUUUAGGAAUUUUAUCAGAAAGGUUGAGAGAACACUUCAGGCAUUAUAUUCAUACAGUUUUUUCUGCUGUAGUUGAUCGCUUAGGAGAUAGUAAAGACCAAGUCAGGGAACAAGCAAAAACAUUCCUUUUAAAGCUUAUGAGUGAUGUCGCUUCCCCUCAGUAUGUAUUUGAAAAACUUGUUCCUGCCUUUGGCCAUAGAAAUUGGAGAGUUAGAGAAGAAGUUAUGAUUUGUUUAAAAGAAACAUUAGAAAGGCAUGGUGCUCAUUCAUUAUCUAUAACUAAGUUAUUACCUUCAAUUAUCAAAUUGUUAAGUGAUCCAAAUUCACAGGUUCGUGAUAUGGCUGUUUCUACUAUUGUUGAAAUAUAUAAAUAUAUUGGUGAUAGGCUACAACAUGAUUUAAAUAAAAAGUAUAACAUUCCUGCCCCAAAAUUACACAUGUUAAUGACAAAGUUUGAAGAAGUUAAGAAUUCUGGAGGUCUUUUACCUUCAGCAGAUCAAGAUCCACUUGGCACCUACUCCCAUGAUGAUAUAGAUUCAAGGUCCCAACAUUCAGAAAACAGUGAUUUAGAAGGAUCAUUUAAAUCAUCAAAACGUGCUAGUAGUGCUCCUCCACCAAGACGUAGUCUACCUCCUUUAGCUAAAUCUUCACUAAGUGCUUCUACUGCAGCUGGUGCUGCUGAUGAAGAAAUGUUUAUAAGGUGUUUUGAAGAUGUGCCAAGAAUACAAUUAUAUUCUGCAAAAGAAGUUGAACAUGAAAUUUCAAAAAUAAGAGACACAUUAGGUGAUCCUAGUAAUCAUUGGGAAAAAAGAUUAGAUGCUAUGAAACGAUUAAGAAGUGUAUUAAUUGCUGGUGCACCUGACUAUGAUGAACUAUAUCAAAGUAUUCGUCAGUUAGAAAUUCCAUUCCAAUUAUCUGUAAAAGAUUUGCGUUCUCAAAUUGUAAGAGAAGCAUGUAUUACUAUAGCGUAUUUAUCACAACAGCUUGGACCAAGAUUAGAUCAUUUUGCUGAACUACUUCUGCCUAGUCUAAUAAAUUUGAUUCCAAAUAGUGCCAAAAUAAUGUCCUCAGCUGGAAUUGUUGCCAUACGUUUUAUUAUUCAGCAUACUCAUGUGAGUAGGUUAAUUCCUAUAAUAACUUAUAACAUGACAUCCAAAUCAAAAGAAAUUAGGAGAAUAUGUUGUGAAUUUCUUGACCAGUUAUUACACACAUGGCCUACUCAUACGUUAGAAAGACAUGUAGCACAUAUACAAGAUGCUAUUAAGAAAGGUAUUAGUGAUGCUGAUCCAGAAGCAAGAGCUUUUUCCAGAAAAGCAUUUUGGGGCUUUGCAGACCAUUUUAAGGAUCAAGCGGAUAGUUUAUUAAAUUCUUUAGAUACCAGUAAACAACGAAUGUUACAGGGUGAAUUAUCAAUGAGUAAUUCAUCUAGUAACAGUAGUUUGAAUAGCUCUGGUAGACCCCUUAGAUCAAGUGUCUCGUGUCAUGGAGGAUCUGUUGAAAAUCUCAGUCGUGCAGCGAGCAGUAUGGGAGGACUUAGCAGAAGAUCUGGUAUUCCUAUUUUGAGUAGUCCAAAACAUAGUGCAGCGCGAUUUGCUCCCACCCCUCUGAGGUCCAAUAGUGCCAUAGACUUAGCAGCUGCUAGACGGGCCAAGCUCCGAGCAGGUGCUACGAUGCCCCAUUAUAUGCGUAAUAUGGGGGCUUCAUUGCCAAGAUCUGGUGUGAGAAGAGUUGAAGCAACAAGUGCCAUGACGUCCCCAGAACAUACAAGUCGUAGCAGAACAAAAGGUGUAUCUCAAUCGCAACCCAGUAGUCGUUCUGGUUCUCCAUCAUCAAGAUUAAGUUAUGCUACAUAUCAUUAUCAAACUGAUGGUUCAGGAGGUCGUGUUAGACGGAAAUCGGGUAUUCCUACAGCUACGGGUACCAGUAGAGAAACGAGUCCUAGUCGAAGUCCAUAUUCCGGUAAAUUUCACAAUUAUCUACAAAUUUUUUUUUCUGUUGAAGCAGUAUUCUCCAGCAAUAAAAUAUAUAUGUAUAUAAUUAUUACAAGUCCUCCUCUCAUGGCAGAAAGAAUUCUGCAACAGAGUAAAGAAGCAGAAAUUGCUAUGGCUGAUGCUCUGCAGAUACCGCUUAGAAGAAGAUAUAAUGCAUUUGAUGAUCAAUCUGAUGAAAGUGAGACUUCAAGUGUAUGUUCUGAUAGAUCUUUUAGUUCAUUUGGUAGAAACAUAGAUGAUGUUUCAGAGAUAAUACAUAAUUUAUGCAGCAUACAUUGGUCUGAGAGGAAAGAAGGACUUUUAGGUUUGCAGGCAUUUUUACGUUCUUCGCGGAUGCUUUCUCUUGGCGAAUUAAAGAGAGUUACAGAUAUUUUUACAAAAUUGUUUAUGGAUCCUCACACUAAGGUUUUUACAUUAUUUUUGGAUACAUUGCACGAAUUAAUACAUGUACAUAGAAUGGAUCUCCAAGGUUGGUUAUAUAUACUUAUGACUAGAUUAUUUGUUAAAACUGGGACAGACCUUCUUGGUUCUGUACAGAACAAAAUUCAAAAAACACUUGACUUGGUCAGAGAUUCUUUUCCAUGUGAUGAACAAUUUAAUGUUGUUAUGAGAUUCUUGAAUGAUCAAACACAAACUCCUAAUUUAAGGGUAAAGUUAUCUCUACUUAAUUACCUUCAUUCAUUGCUUCGGAUAAUGGAUCCGAGUGAAUUUUCUAGUUCUAGCACAGAAACAAAAUUGGCUAUCACAAAAAUAAUUACUUGGACGGCAGAUCCAAAAAGCAGUGAAUUAAGAAAGUGUGCCCAAGAAGUAAUAAUUGCCACAUUUAAUUUAAACAGUCCAGAAUUUUCUAUAUUGCUCACUCAUAUUCCUAAAAAUUUGCAGGAUAGUGCUUUUAGAUUGUUGAAUUCUCAAUUGAGGAGGCACAGUAAUGUCGAAAGCUCCUCUUUUAGCCUUCAUAGUCCACCGAGUCCUAUUGUAUCAUAUUUGCAAUCUUCUAACAACAUUGGAAGAGUUCCUCUUAGAACAAGUACACCGCAGACUCGUUCCUUUGAUUUAGAUGAUACAGAAAAUAUGAAUCCAGAAGAAAUUUACAAUUCACUGAAACAAACUUCAGCAGAAAUCCAAAAAUAUAGUUUAGGUAGUCUUGAUCACGAUUACUAUGAAAACUGUCGAAAAUUAAAUGAGAGGUCGCGAGAUAGUCUCUCCACCGACUCCAGUCAAAAUGUUGAUGGAAAACUAGAUACUUUAGAAGAGCGAAUAGAAAUGUUUUCGAGUAACGAUUCGUCGCCAGCUAAGAGAUCACCGUUAAGCUAUCAGAAUCUCAUGUUUCACGAUCAAGACAGUAGAAAUGGUUUCGAUAAACCCAGUAUCUUUGGAAGUAAUGAUAUAGAAGGACACGAUGCAGCUUUUCAGUACAUUAUAACAGAACUCAACUAUCACAAUACAAGAAAUGAACAACGGCAACAAGCACUUUCUCAAUUGGUUUACUUGGCAAGAGAAGGCUCGCCUUUAUGGGAAGAAAACUUCCGUAACAUUCUUAGACUGCUGAUGGAAACUAUUGGAGAUCAAAAUGGGUCCAUUAGAGCUAUGGCUGUGAAAGCUUUAUGUGAAUUGCUGAAAAGACAAUCUCAGUGGUUUCAAGAUUAUGUAGAAUUUACUAUUUUAAAAAUUUUAGAAGCUCACAAAGAUGAAGAAAAAGAAGUUUCAAGGGCAGCUGAAAUAUGUUCAGCAAUUGCUGCUAAUGUACUUCCUCCUGAGCAGUGCUUCAGAACUUUAAAACCAAUCAUCAUGACUGGAGAAUUUCCAAUGAAUCAGGCUGCUAUCAAAAUGCUUACAAAGCUUGUUGAACAGCAACCGAAGAACAUAACAGCACACCUACUUCCCGAGAUAAUGCCUCCACUUCUUAAAGCAUAUGAUAAUACAGAAAGUUCGGUGAGAAAAGGUGCAGUAUUUUGUAUGGUUGCUAUUCAUUGUGCUGUAGGAGAAGUCAUGAAGUCGCAUUUAACAUCAUUAAAUGGUAGCAAGAUGAAGUUAUUGAAUCUCUACAUCAAAAGAGCUCAGUCGCAGACUAGCACUCCCGCCAGUUCUCCAAGUUCACCAGCCAAUGCACCAUCAUCGUCUUCAAGUAGUCACUAAUGUGAAAUGCAUCCUGCAGUGUUUACUUGAGGCAUUGCUAAAUAGCGUUUUCACCCAUGUUGGACGACGGAGAUUAUGGUCCGCCGAGAAAUUCCGGUAUUUCCGGUAAUCUUUGGCAUAAUAUUUUGACGGAUUGUGUCGCGUGGAUGCAAAGAAAAUAUGAUGCUCGUUUCCAAAACUCCGAGCGUAGCUUUGUUGCAAUAACGUAAUCAGGACCAAGAAAAUUUCUUUCUUCAUUCCAGUUCUGCGGAGGGAAAACAA